UAGUUUGACUUGUGCCCCCCGUUAAAGAGACAGGAACGGUUUGCCCGAGCGGCGUCAUUCAAUCAUUUCCUGGUUCCAACCAAGCGAUCUGGACUUUCUAUAGAGAAAACAUCUAACGUUGUUGUUAACAGUCUGGAGCGACUGGCGGCUCAGAUACGUGACGUUAGGUUUGUUAAAGGGUUGUUUUUUGCUAUGGCAGAUGACAGGACAGCUGCCAGGGAACGCGCUUAGCUGAUGCAUCAUCAUCAGACGCAGCCAGACCUGAAGUCUGGCUGGCCCUCGACUUGUAACUCGGGAAAUAAUAACAGGAACUGGAAUAGCACUAUGGACGCUCCUCAGUAUACAGGCUACCCUUCACACUACUGGUAUCCUCAGUCUCAUUCCACAGGACACUAUGCAAACACCUAUCCCUCGGGAUCAGAUGUUCAGCCACAGUACAAUCCACAGGUAAUGCCUGGAGGUUAUCCAAAUGGCCAUGGUGUCUACAGCCCAGCACAGAGUCAAUAUUCAACAAGUGGUUUUCACCCAUCCAACCCUUUCUACUGUGCUGACCCUCAGAGACCGGCUCCAGGUCCUUAUCCUAACCAGGGCUGUCCAGCGGAGCAGAGCAGUGGGCCGUCUGGCCAGCCACACUCUCAACACCAACAUCAUCACUAUCCUGGCCAACACUGUCAAGGGGCUCCUGGAUAUCCUCCUGGACCGUACCCUCACUAUAGUGAAGGUGGUCAUGCAAUGCCUCCAAACCCCCCAUACCCCACUGGCCAGUCUCUCCAUCCCAGUCCUCAAGCCGAAGGGUGGGCACACUCGAGUGGGUAUGCACCCUCACAGCAACAAUGGCAGCCAGGCCAGCAGCCUCCACAAAACCACUAUGGAAAUCCUGUCCGUCCACCACAUCCCCCAGCAUGGCCAGGGACGGGAACUGGCGCUCCGCCACCUUAUCAACCCAAGGACCAACAGCACCAACGUGCCCCACAAGUGGGACCUAAACCCAGGCCAACCCCAUCCCCAAAUCCCCUCAACGGAAAGCCUGCAGAAAUAAGUUCACCUCCCCAAAUGUACAACAAAACCAGGAGAGGUGAGCCUAAUCCUUCACAAGGUGAGCCCCCGCCGUCUGCCCCGGCCCAAGCUCCAGGCCAGGCUGGACUUCAGCACCUGAGCGAUAACCCCGGCCUUGCCAAGGUCCAGCAGGUCAUGGCCAGAGUGCUACUGCUUCAGGAAGAUGUUGAUGAGUUUGUUGGCAAAAAGUCAGACAAGAGUUACUGGUGUCUGGAGGAACUGCUGACCAAAGAGCUGCUGGAGCUGGACUCUGUAGAGACUCAGGGACAAGAGAAUGUCCGGCAAGCCCGAAAGGAGGCUGUACAGAGGAUCCAAGCCAUUCUGGACCAGCUGGAGAAGAAAGCCUUCUGAACUGGACUUAUUUAUUGGUUUGCGGGUCACUAAGUCUUGCUGUUUUCUUCUUCCAGAUGUUCCAUGGACACGGGGGGUCUAGUCUUGUUCUUCGGAGCUGUGUUAUGUUUAGGUUUUUGUUUUUUUCCAGCCACCAUGAUAAAAAAAUUCCUGAAUUAAAUGGCAUGGACCCAAUAACAAGAGCAAACAUUGCUACAUGGAAUCAACCUUUUAAUGCCUAAUAGUGCUGGUAUGAGUGACAUGGGGGUAGUAGAAGUGCAGACUGAUGUUUGUACAUAUCUUAAGACUUUCAGCCUCAGUGAGUGACUGUGCUGGCUACACAAACCUGACACUUUCACUCAGCUUAUCUUUUAUGUCAUGCCUUUGCCAGCAUAAUGCAUGGCAGAGUCACUGGAGGAUGGAUUUAUUUCAGGCCCCUUUGCAACUGUUGUCUCUAACCUGUGAUACAGAUUCAGAUUAUCGUCAUGCUGUCCCUCAGGAUUGUGGGUCGGUUUUAGUCUGAUCCUACUUCUAACAACACAUGCACUUCCUUAGCUGUCUAUUAUUACGUUUUACAGACCAUUUGCAUGAUCAUGGUAUUGUCCUCACCCCCAAUAAGGUCCAUGGAGUUAUUUGCCCGUACUUACCUCUUAAUUUCUCAUCAGGAAUAGUUGCAAUGCUUUCCUUUUCAAUCGUGCUACCAGCCCUACAUGCACUGUAAUGUCAGAUAAGCAGUCAGUAUAGUCAUGACAUCUCUGAGCUCAUUAUUGGACCUAGAGUGUAGCAGAUCAGUUAAAACCCCCUAAAGAUUACUGUCCCCAUUACUCCAUCUUUUGGAUGAAACUGCUUCCUAAGUGCGGACCUAGAAUCAGACCUACAUAUGAAUGACAUGUAUUUCAUGACAGGAACUACUGUUGUUACAGAUACAUAUGGAAAUGGUAAAAAAUUACUUGAAAAGCUGUUAAAUUGUGUUCUUUAUCUUCCUUUUUGAACACUUUGAAUAUACAUUAGACUAAGCAAGUGAAUUGUAUUUUCAGAAGUAGUUCAAUCAGUUGCUGUAAAGGAUAAAGGAAAGGACAUACUUAAAAUUUUCAGUAAUGUUUUGUGCUUAAGGACAAUGUUGGUCACAGCAAUUUGAUCAUAUGUUUAGUUUGGUCUUGUUUCCGUUUUUCUCUAGCACCAAUAUCCUCGUUACAUCAAAUCCACCACAAUCCAUUUCCACCACAAUCCAUUUCCACCACAAUCCAUUUUCUUGUAAGUCUUUUUUUUCCCCAAUCAUUCUUGAUGUGUUGAUUUAGAAAAAUAAGAGUGCCAUAUUUCAGGGGGUGUUUUUAUAUAAUUAGAAAAAAUAAUAAAAUAAGAUCACAAGCUUUGCAUGGAAAAAAAAAAACAUCUCUCAUAUGUGUUCAUUUUUCCCGUGUUGUUUAGUUUCUGUUUAGAUGGAGCGUAACUGUACAGUUUCAGAUGUAAUGCAUGUUUCCAACACAAGAUGGGAGUCUGCCUGAUAAAUAUUGAAGUAAUCACAAGUGAGAAAAAACAGAAGUAAUUAAAUGUCAGUAUAUUUUUUAACCUGUGAUCAAAUGAAUUUUAUCACUUUGUUAAAUUGUAGUCAAAUACAAAUACAGUUAACUGAGUAAAAUUCUCUAAGGUGAAAUAUUUAGCUUUCUGUGGAUAGUAGCUCCAGAUAAACAAGCAUAUUUAUUUCUUAAAGAGAAGUAAAGACACCUUCUAUUAUAAAAAUCCAAUAAUGAGAAA